ACCACUGCAGUCAGUCUGUACCUUGAAAGAUGCUCUGAGGCCAUGGAACCACCUAGCCCUCCUCGAACUUCCUCCCCGCAGCGUCCCCACCGUGGCCCGGGAACCAGCUGGGGGCUUUGCUAUGCGGGAGAGCCCGUGCCCCACCCCAGACCCGCUCCCUAUCUAUGAAAAUCUACGUCUGUCUACAUCCCAGCUUCCCUUCCAUUCAGCCCAGUGGCCACACUCCAUCACCAGCAAAAUUAUCCAGUUCAGGCGGUCCCAGGUGUGGCCAGUGGGUCUCAAGCUGACUUCCUCUUAAUUUCUUUUUAACUUACUGAGGUGAAGUUUACAGAAGAUAAAGUUACAUUAUCAAGCGUCCAAUUCAGAGGCUCUGAGCACCUUGGACACUGCCGUGUGCCCCCCCCCCCAAUUCUAUCCAGCUCCGAGUAUCUCCACCACCCCUGAAGGAAAACCAGGGCCCACUAGGCAGCCACCCCCAGCAUCCCGGGCCUUCUCGGGGGCUCCACCGUUCUCUGAGCCCCUUUCUAGCUGCCCAGGGGCCCUCUGCAACCUUGCCACUGCCUCCAGGAGCCCUGGUUAGUUUGUGGAGCAUGGCGCUUAGAAACCACAACCUGGGCCCCGGGCGCGCUCACUGCUCCUGAGGCGUCAUUUCUGCUGCACCCACGAUGUUUCUGGGGAGAGUCCAGCAGACGGGGGAGCUGAAGAGCAAAGUCCCCAAGAAGGCAUGGAGGUGUGGUCAGGGCAGGCUUCCUGGAGGAAGUGCAGUGGGCUUCUUGGGAUCCCCACCAGGCACCCCUUCCUCCUUCGACUUAGGGUGUGGCCAGCCGCAGGUUUCGGAUGCAGUAGGCCGGAUCGUAGGCGGUCACGCUGCCCCGGCCAGCGCAUGGCCAUGGCAGGCCAGCCUCCGCCUGCGGAGGGUGCACGUGUGCGGCGGGUCCCUGCUCAGCCCCCAGUGGGUGCUCACAGCUGCCCACUGCUUCUCCGGGUCCCUGAACUCAUCCGACUACCAAGUGCACCUGGGGGAACUGGAGAUCACUCUGUCUCCCCACUUCUCCACCGUGAGGCAGAUCAUCCUGCACUCCAGCCUCCCAGGACCGCCGGGGUCCAGCAGGGACAUCGCCCUGGUGCGGCUCAGUGUCCCCGUGACCCUCUCCAGCCGGAUCCUCCCUGUCUGCCUCCCGGAGGCCUCGGAUGACUUCUGCCCUGGGACCCAGUGCUGGGUGACCGGCUGGGGUUACACGCAGGAGGGAGAGCCUCUGCCACCCCCGUACAGCCUGCAGGAGGUGGAAGUCUCCGUGGUGGAUACAGAGACCUGUCGCCGGGACUACCCCGGCCCCGGGGGCAGCAUCCUUCAGCCCGACAUGCUGUGUGCCCAGGGCCCCGGGGAUGCCUGCCAGGUGAGCCCGCCAGGCCGUGACAGACGACGGGGGCGGCUGCAGCCCAGGCAGGGGCUCCCCACCUUCUCGGCUCCCAAUGCUCGCCUUCUCUGCCCUCAGGAUGACUCCGGGGGGCCUCUGGUCUGCCAGGUAAACGGUGCCUGGGUGCAGGCUGGCAUUGUGAGCUGGGGUGAGGGCUGCGGCCGCCCCAACAAGCCAGGAGUCUACACUCGUGUCUCUGCCUACGUGAACUGGAUCCGCCGCCACAUCACAGCAUCAGGGGGCUCAGAGUCUGGGUAUCCCAGGCUCCCCCUCGCGGCUGGCUUCUUCCUCCCCAGCCUCUUCCUUCUGCUAGUCUCCUGUGUCCUGCUGGCCAAGUGCCUGCUGCACCCGUCUGGGGAUGGCACUCCCUUCCCCGCCCCUGACUGACGGCAGGAAUCCAAGUGCGUUUCUUAAAUAAGUUACUAUUUAUUCCGCUCCGCCCCCUCCCUCUCCCUGGAGAAGCUGAGUCUUCUGCAUCAGAUUAUUGCAACAUUUAACCUGAAUUUAAAAGCACAC